GAGAUCAUGACUUCUGUCAAAGAGCAGGAGGCCAUCAGGAAACUCAUGGGUUUCUUGCAGGAAUGGGAUAAUGCCCACAAAGUUGCUCGGAACCGCAUCCUGGAUGACUUCAUUAAAAGCAAUGAUGGCAAGACAGAACCAGAGCUCGAGCUUGAGUUCUCCCACGGAGCCAGCUUGUUUCUGGCUCGCCUAACAGCAUGGCUCAGGAUGACCUACAUGUACAGCACAUGCCUCAACAAGCUGCUCAAGUCCAUUGGCAUCUUCUUAUCUGCUGCAAGUGGACGCAGAUACCUUAUUGAAUUUCUGGAGAUCGGAGGUGUCUUGAUUCUCCUGGAAAUACUAGGGCUGAACCAACUGAAAGAAGAGGACAAAAGGGAGUCUGUAAAGCUGCUGCAGCUUGUCGCAGAUGCUGGCAGGAAGUAUAAGGAGCUCAUUUGUGAAAGCUACGGGGUGCGAUCCCUUGCGGAGUUCUUGGCCACUUCCAGCUCAGCAGAGGCUCAAGAAGAUGUGCGGGUUCUGAUGGACUCUUUGGGCCGCGGCAAUCCCAAGUACCAGAACCAAGUCUACAAAGGCCUUAUCGCUGUGCUGCUGUGUGCCUCCCCCCACGCGCAGCAGAUGGCUCUGCAGACACUCGCGGUCAUGCAGGACGUGGUGGGAGAGGUGCCCUCCGCCCUUGUAGAGCCCGUGCUGGGCAUGCUGUGCUCAGCGCACCUGGAGGUCCAGUACGAAG